CGGUUGCCCUUCGAGCAGCCACGGGACGACGAAGAGCGGAAGCUUAUCCAAGACGACAAGGAAAUGUUCGAUGCGGCGGACAGGAACAAAAACGGGGUACUGGAUGCGACCGAAUUUGUGAAGUUCGUUUCGCCGGAAGAGUUUCCCGAGAUGCUACCCAUCAUACUGAAUCAGACGCUUCGGGAAAAGGACCGUAACAACGACGGGCGCAUCGAUUUUCAGGAGUUUGUUGGUGACAAUGCAAAGGAUCACGACAAGGAAUGGCUCAUCGUGGAAAUGGACAAGUUUAAAGAGGAUUUCGACAGAGACGGCGAUGGCUACUUGAAUGGAAACGAAAUCUUGUCCUGGGUGGUGCCUAGCAACGACGAGGUAGCCAGCGACGAGGUGGACCAUUUGUUCGCUUCCGCCGACGAUGAUCAUGACGACAGACUGUCCUACCUGGAGAUCAUCGACAAGUACGACAUCUUCGUGGGAAGUGAAGCUACGGACUACGGUGAUCAUCUGCACAACAUUCAUCAUUUCGAUGACGAACUGUAAAGAAAGCUCCAUUUACGAUCGGUCGGCUUUCGAUCGUGUUGGUUCGAUGCAUUUCUGUAUGACCUAUUUUACUCACCACUGUGGACUAACGAUGCUUUAAUCGAGUCUCGUGUUUAGUUUCUUCAAAACCUUCAAAUAUUUAAAUUUUCUUCUCAUUUUCCUUCAAUAUUACUUAUUUUUAGUGGCACUCCAUGUCAGCUGCCAUUAAUAUAGUUAGUAAAACACGUAUUCUCGUCGUUUCUAUGCCAAAAAUAUUGAUUGUGCACAUGCUUAAACCUGUCCAAUUAAAUUUGGUAUUUAUUCACUUCAAACGCUUGAGAAAUUUGGUGUCAGAAACUGCGAAAUAUUGUGGCAAAGUUGGCAGGUUUCGGAUAAAGUUGGAUAUAAGUUUCAUUCUUUUGCCCACUAUUGAUGGAUAUUUAUUACAAACCGUAGUUUUGGAUAAAAGCUCGCGAGAGAACAUUAUCGCACAAAACGUAUCUUACUUUGUCGGUUCGCUGGAAGCCGCUAUCAUGACACUGAUAACUGGUCGAAAGUGAAUCACUUCCAAGUGAGAACUGUCGAAAUUUCAAUUGUUUCAAAGUCUACAAUAUUUAUUUGACGGGAAAAUUUCGAUUCCCGGCGGCUUCGAAAAUAGCGAUUCCAUACACACUACAGCAAAACAUACAGUGAACAUGUGCGUGUUUCUUUUACGUCGUAGUGCGCCCAUUACCUCCUGAACUAAGUGCCAUUAACUCAAAACUAAACGAAUAUUUUUCAUUUCUUAUUAUCCUAGGUAUACGUAUAUAAAUAUUGAUUCCUUGCACGGAAAUACAUGUUUACACAAUUCCUUUUACUUUUC